GGGCUGGCCGCCAGUUGCUGUUGAGAGUUUAGGCCAAUCAGCCCUCGACCCCACUUUUCUUGACCAAUAGGAAGUGGGCUAAGGCGCAGAGGCGGAAAGUGUGGCUAAAUGAGCAGGCAUUGGAGCCAAUCGGCGUGGGCCUCGUUCCCAUCCGCCAACCAGCAGCGAGAUCGGGUCUGGGGGCGGGAGGCCGGAGCAGCUGUCAGGCUGAAGUCCGGCGAGCAACGCGCGGCGGGGCGGCUGGAGGAAGUGCGGCGGCCGGGCCCUGGAGAUGGUCCUCGGCGCCGCGGGCUGGUGUUGUCUCGUGCUGUGGCUCCCCGCAUGCGUCGCGGCCCACGGCUUACGUAUCCAUGAUUAUUUGUACUUCCAAGUGCUGAGUCCCGGGGACAUUCGAUACAUUUUCACAGCUACACCUGCAAAGGACUUUGGUGGUAUCUUUCACACAAGGUAUGAGCAAAUUCACCUUGUCCCUGCGGAACCUUCAGAGGCCUGUGGAGAACUCAGCAACGGUUUCUUCAUCCAGGACCAGAUCGCUCUGGUGGAGAGAGGGGGCUGCUCCUUCCUCUCCAAGACCCGGGUGGUCCAGGAGCACGGCGGGCGGGCAGUGAUCAUCUCUGACAACGCGGUUGACAAUGACAGCUUCUACGUGGAGAUGAUCCAGGACAGUACCCGGCGGACGGCGGACAUCCCCGCCCUCUUCCUGCUCGGCCGAGAUGGCUACAUGAUCCGCCGCUCCCUGGAACAGCAUGGGCUGCCAUGGGCCGUCAUUUCCAUCCCCGUCAAUGUCACCAGCAUCCCCACCUUUGAGCUGCUGCAGCCGCCCUGGACCUUCUGGUAGAAGAAUUGGUCCCACCUUCUAGCCAUAAGUAACUCUGGGCUGGGAAGGGGAAAUUCAGCAAUUCUGCUGUUUGGGACUUGGGGAUAGCAUCUGGGGACAGGUGGAGCCACACAGAGGAAGGUGGCUUGGGCCUUGGCUAGGCUAAGGGAAGCCACGCCACUGCUUUCAUUUCCCCAGGGCCCCCAAGGGUGUCUCAUGCUAUGGGAAGAGGCAAGAGCCAGGCCCCAGGGAUUCUUGGCUAGAACCUGGAAUAAAAGGGGCUAAAGGCAGAUGGCCUGAGAGCCAUCUGUGACCUGUCACAUCCCACCUGGCUCCGGCCUCCCCCACCCAGCGUCUCCUCAGUGACCUCCACAGCAGUUGCUGGAGUGGUUUGAGGAGCUGGCAUUUGAGGACUUAAUAAACCCUCACUGACUUUUUAGCAAUAAAGCCUCUCAUCAGGGU